ACCGGGAAGGAGUUACGAUAAUGGUUCUUAAUAAAAAAGUACACCAAAAUAAAGAAAAAAAUCUGAUUUCAGUUACCAAAAGCUCACUUGAACACAAUGCAAACUUUUAUCAACGGAUCUAUCAAAAAAUUUGCCCUUUCAUUGGCCCGGCGGCAAUUGUAGCAUUCUUAUUGGUAUAUCACGGGUAUUUAAUAGCUGCGGGAAUACACAAUUACCAAAAAGCGUCUCCAUUAAUCUAUGUCACAUUAUUUUUCUGGCUAUGCUUCGUUAUCAACUUUAUAGUUGGAACAAAGAACUUUAAGGUGGUUUAUGCAGAUUUUGCAGGAAAACUAAACGAUUUUGCAAAACGACGAGCUUUUGUUCCGAUAACGUUUAAGCUAGCAUUUGCUGGUGCUUUGUUCGCUUAUACCAUUGUAGAAUCACUGUCUGAACCGACUAGACUUACCGGAUUCGGUGGUUACGUAUUUUUUGUGAUUUUUAUGGUCGUUUUUUCGAAUAGACCAAGGAAGAUCAAUUGGAACAUCGUCACAUCCGCACUUAUAUUCCACUAUUGCCUUGCUUUAAUAGUCCUCAAAUGGCCAACUGGUCGCUGGUUUUUCGAUCAACUAUCCCAGUUAAUUAUUGGACUCCUGGAGUAUGCUCAAGUCGGUGCAAAGUUCGUAUUCGGGUUUAUUGCGGGACCGCCAAAUAUUUGUGAUUUGGCACCUGUUUUUAUAUUCACCUCACUUCAAACACUGAUCUAUUUCUCGGCGGUUGUAGCAUUACUAUUCUAUUUUGGAAUUAUUCAAAUCGCACUGAAAAAGAGCACAUGGUUUAUGAAAGUGCUCAUUGGUACGACGCCAGUGGAAUCUGUGUACUCAUGGGCGUGCACAUUCCUUGGUCAAACUGAAGCUCCGCUGGUGAUUAAGCCAUACUUGGAGAAGUUGACUGAUUCCGAGCUAUUCGCAGUUCUUACUAGUGGAUUCUCAUGCACUGGUGGUACUGUAUUCGCCGCUUAUGUAGCUCUUGGAGCAUGCCCAGAAUCGAUUCUAACCGCAAGUAUUCUCUCAGCUCCAAUGUCAUUAGCGUGUUCAAAACUCAUGUACCCAGAAGAACAGGAGACAAUUAUCAAGGAAGAAGACUUCGAGCUGGACCAUGAGAACGAAAAAGGAUUCUUCGAUACUCUGUGCUCGGCGGGAGUUGCUCUAGUCCCUACGGUUUUUGCAAUUGGAGCAACUUUAGUAGUAGUCAUGUCUCUAUUAGCUCUGCUGGACCAAAUUUUCUUCUACAUUGGUGACCUAAUCGGGUAUGAUGGGUGGAGUUUUCAAAUGUUAUUUGGUUAUGCAUUUUUCCCGUUGGCAUACAUAAUGGGUAUUACCAAUAAUUCGAAUCAAACCUUGUUAGUGGCUCAACUUAUGGGCUCCAAAACUGCCGUAAACGAAUUUGUGGCAUAUGAUAAACUGGGUCAACUUCAAAAAGAAGGCAAGCUGGAUCCCAAAUCAGUGCUAGUUGCCACUUACGCACUCUGUGGAUUCUCCAAUUUUGGCUCAAUGGGGAUUCAAAUGGAAGUUAUUGGAGGUCUGGCUCCAGGGAGGAAAACCGUGGCUUCCAAGGUUAUGCUCCGUGCUCUUUGUGCAGGAGCCAUCGCUUGUUUUAUGAAUGCUACUGUUGCAGGAAUCUUAAUUUCCGAUCCAGUGGUUUGUAACAGUGCAAACUCGAAUUCCACGUGUUUUAGGAUACCUUCAUGAUAUGAGGGUGUGUUGUGGAUAUUUGUUUUGUAAUUUAAUUUGUAACUAUGAAA